AUGAAAUUUCAAAUAUUAAACGCAAAUUUUCCAAAAACGGACGAAGGGCGUGUUUAUCACAUGGAAGUAAAGAGAGGAGAGGUUGCUAAUAGGAUCAUAACGGUUGGGGAUUCAAGUCGAGCAAAGAUGUUCUCCAAAUGGCUUGAUAAAGAUACCCCGGUAUUUUACUUAGAAUCUCAGAGAGGUUUUACUACCUUAACUGGAAAAUAUCAUGGUGUCCCCAUAUCAAUUGUUGGAAUCGGGAUGGGUAUCUCAAUGAUGGAUUUUUUCAUCAGGGAAGUGAGAUCGAUCGUGGAUGGACAAUUGGCCAUCAUAAGAUUUGGUUCAUGCGGAUCAAUAGGAACACCUAACAUUGGAAACAUGAUUAUUCCAAGUGGUGCAUUCGCGAUUACGAGAAAUUAUAAUUAUUUUUCUGAUGAUGAGGAUGAAACUAGAACGAAUGAUGAGAAGCCAUACAAUUUCACUAAUGUCUUUUACGCGGAUCCGGUAUUAUGCAAACAGAUUGAAAAGCAAUUGUUGAAGAAUUCUUUUGACGAGAAAGAGAUUUUUACCGGAUUGAAUGCAACAUGUGACUCGUUUUAUUCAUCACAAGGGCGUUACGACGAAAAUUUUCGUGACUCUAAUACCGACAUUUUUAAAACGAUAACUGCAACUUAUCCAAACACCGUAUCAUUGGAAAUGGAGACAUUCAUGUUAUAUCAUUUAGCAAGUACGAGCACUUUGGCACCAUUAAAACAUUCAAAUAAAGUUUUGGAUAAAGGUAAUAGCAUUAAGGCGGCGGCUACGAUGAUGGUAUUUGUUGAUAGAUUUAGUAAUGAAUUCAUUAGUCCUGAAAAUGUUCAAUACUUGCAAGAAAUUGCUGGUAAGGCUGUGUUAGAUGCAUUGAUUGAAACAGAGUUAAGUGAGGUUCAUCCUGAAAAUGAAGGAUGCGUCUGGAAUAAGAAAUUUACAUCGUAA